AUGGCUAGCACGAAGAGGGUCGCAAAGAGCGCCUCCCGCGACAAAAAGCAGUCAGCUUCCAACAAAGUCGCCGCCGGGCGCAUCGAGAAGUCCAAGAAGGCAGCCAGCAAAAAAGCUCCCGGUCCGCUAUUGAAUCUCGUCCAGUCUUUCUUGAGCGAGCACGGAUAUACCGAAGCUGCCAGCAAGCUUGAGGCUGAGGCUCCGACCGUCGUGAGCGCAGCGUCUCCCCAAGAUCUGCCCAACCUCACCACGCUUUACGAGCAAUGGGAGAAGAACACCAAGGAAACGUCUAGUGCUAUGGAUGUAGACGAGAAGAGCGCAGCUAGCAGCGACGAUAGCAGCAGCGCUUCCGGCAGCGAUUCCAGCGACGACGGCAGCGACUCUGAAGACAAGGAGGCACCGAAGAAGAAGGCAGCUGCGAAGGGCAUCGACUCUGACGCUUCCAGCUCGAGCUCCGAUUCCUCCUCCGACUCCAGCUCCGAUUCGGAUUCAGGGGACGAGCAGGCUAAGCCUGCCGUCAAGAAGACCAAGCGAUCUGUCUCUGUUUCCUCGUCCGCUGCUUCGUCCUCGUCUUCGGCUAGCGAUUCUGAUAGCGACUCCGAAGAUGAACCCGCGAACAUCCCGCUUCCCGACUCCGACAGCUCAGACUCAAGCGACUCAAGCGACUCAAGUGACUCAAGUGGCUCGAGCGACUCAAGCUCGAGCGGCUCCGACAGCGACUCUGGUUCCGAUUCGGAGGCGGAGGCGAAGCCCAAGAAAACAAAGAAGGCGGCAUCUGUCUCUUCAUCUUCAUCUUCAUCUUCAAGCUCUAAUUCCUCGAGCGACUCAGACUCUUCUUCGUCCGACAGCGACUCGGAUGCUGCUCCCCCAAAGAAGAUGACUAAGAAGAAAGCCGCAGAGAAGGCAGACUCUUCAUCAUCCAGCAGCGACUCCAGCUCCUCCGAGAGCGACUCCUCUGAAUCCGAAAAAGAGGAGAAGAGCGAUUCAAGCGCGACCGUUGGACCUGCUUCUCCCGCACCCGCAACUGGCAACAAGCGCAAGGCCUCCGACUCCGACUCACUCGCGCUAAACGGUCCGGCCAAAAAGAAGAACCACGUGGAGAAUCGAUUCCAGCGCAUCAAGCCAGAAACGGCCGUGGACCCGCGUUUCGCCAGCAAUGACUACGUAUCCUAUGACUACGCGGACCGCGCUCACGCCGACUUGAUUGUGACCAAGGGCAAGGGUUUCACGAAGGAGAAGAACAAGAAGAAGAGGGGCUCUUACAGGGGCGGUAUGAUUGACACGUCGGGCGGCAAAGGUAUUAAGUUCGACGACUAA